AUGGCUGCGGCCAACGGCCCCAUCGCCAUGCGAGAGGCCCUAACGCUGACGAGCCUCGGGAUCGCGCCGCAGUUCAUCACCUUCACCCACGUCACCAUGGAGUCGGACAGGUACAUCUGCGUCCGGGAGACCUCGCCCCAGGGCAACAGCCUCGUCAUGAUCGACAUGGCCAUGCCCAGCCAGCCCCUCCGCAAGCCUCUCACCGUCGACUCCGCACUCAUGAACCCCAGCACCAGGAUCCUCGCGAUCAAGGCUAAAAUUCCAGGAACCACGCAGGAUCACCUGCAAAUCUUUAAUAUUGAAGCUCAUACUAAAAUUAAGGCACACCAGAUGCCUGAGCAGGUUGUGUUUUGGAAAUGGAUCACCCCAAAGUUGUUGGGUUUGGUAACACAGGCAUCAGUGUAUCACUGGUCAAUUGAAGGAGAUUCUAAGCCAAUUAAGAUGUUCGAUAGGACAGCUAAUUUGGCUAAUAAUCAGAUUAUCAACUAUCGGUGCGAUCCAUCGGAGAAGUGGCUCUUGCUUAUUGGAAAUGCACCUGGUGCUCCAGAGAGGCCACAGCUGGUAAAGGGAAAUAUGCAACUUUUUUCUGUGGAUCAGCAGCGAACGGAAGCACUUGAAGCCCAUGCUGCUUCUUUUGCAACAUUCAAGGUUCCUGGCAACGUGAACCCAUCCACCCUCAUCUGUUUUGCUUCAAAGGCAUCUAAUGCUGAAACAAUUACUUCUAAGUUGCAAAUUAUUGAACUGGGCGCCCAGCCAGGGAAACCUGGCUUUUUGAAUAAAAAAAACGGCAUCUUCUUCCCACCAGAUUUCCAGGAUGAUUUCCCUGUAGCCAUACAGAUCUCUCAAAAGUAUGGCCAUGUCUAUGUAAUUAUGAAGCUUGGGCUGCUGUUUGUAUAUGACCUGGAAACUGCCAGGGGAAUUUACAUAUAUAGAAUCAGUCCAGACCCCAUAAUCUUGACUGCAGAGUCUUCUACAACUGGUGGAUUUUAUGCCAUUAACAGAAGAGGGCAGGUUUUGCAUGCCACAGUUAACAACGCAACUGCUGUGCGUAUAUUUCCGAUACAAUCAUGA